AGCUGUGGCACGCAUUCAGUGAGAUCACAUCCUCCCAUGCAUUGCUGUUGCCAUCGAUUUAAUAGUAGUUAGUUCUUCAGUCAACUUUACCCAGAUUUUCGAUUUAUGGAGCUCGUUUUGGGCAGAAGACAUGUUAUAAAUAACCGUUAAAUUUCAGUUUUAAAGCUAUGAAUGUCCUUUCGCGCAAUGUAAUCAUGGCAAGUUCUUGAGGAAUUCUCUCCACCUUUUGUUUGAUCACGUUUUGCUCUACCCUCGGAGUUUCACUGCGAACGGGCGCAUACAAUCAGUCAUCAUGUGGGGGAGAAACGAAUUUGAGGAUGGAUUUGAUACUUUUAAAACAGGUUCCAGCACCAGCUCUCCUGGAUGGGUCCCGGGGUGUGAGUCGCCAUGGCAGGGUACCUCCUCGGCCCCCGGUAACAGUAACCGAGGACGACGCCACAGCACGGCCUCCGACAGUGGUGACACGGGCAUCGGCACGUCCUGCUCCGACAGUGCGGAAGACCAGUCUGGCUCCAGCACCACACUGUCCUUCCAGCCACUGCGCUCCCAGGGUGCCCUCCCCACGGCCCACGUCAUGCCCUCGCCCUCUUCCGGCUCCAAGCUCAGCACGGUACUCUCCCCUGGGGGCAGCCCCUGGUCCUCCUGCCAGCUGCCCUCGCCCCUCAACAGCCCCCUGGACAUGAAGGACCCCCGGCCCGUCAGCCCCUGGUCCUCCUGCCAGCUGCCCUCGCCCCUCGACAGCCCCCUGGACAUGAAGGACCCCCGGCCCGUCCGACGCUGGUCCUCCCUCACCCGCCUCAGCGUCCAGGAGAAGUCCAGCCCCGUGGGACGGGCAGCAUACCGCCCUGACCCCCACGGCUCCCUGGACAGAGGGGUGCUCUACGGUUACAGGCAGGACCCUCUGCACCCCACAGAACCCUACCUAUCCCAAGGGUUCCACCUGCGCUCCCCAGGGGCUGAGGCCCGGUACAAAUACCCCCUAAGUACUAAGACAGACUCUCACUCGGCCUGCUCAUCUCCGCUCAAACCCAACACCUUAGACCUGACCUACAGUGCCUUACCGGAGACCAAGCACCCUGGCAUCGGGCUGACGGUACCCAGCCAGCGGAGCCUGCCACUGGGCCACCAGGCAGUAGGAGGGUCCCCCAUCCAGCCGGCGGUGAGGACCCAGAUGUGGCUGAGUGAGCAGAUGGAGUACCGGCCUCCCGGACCUGGGACAGAGCUAUGUGGGGGCUUGUCGGCCUGGCAACAGGAGCAGCAGCAGAGAGAGAGGUUGCGUCAGGAGGCCGAGCUCAACCAGAAGCUGGGCGGAGCCUCCCUUCCUGUGAACACUCUGGUGAAGAUCAAAGAGGGCCUGCUGCGACAGAGAGAGCUGGAGAUUGACAGACAAAAGCAGCAGAUCCUACAGCUCCAUGCCCGGAUCAGGGACAAUGAGCUGAGAGCACAACAGGUCCUCCAGAGCCAGAAGGGGCGCUGUGACGACCCCUAUCUACUUAACGCUAAGGAGUCUCCAUAUGACAGUCCUGUAGCACAGCCCCACCCCCAGCUGCAGGUCCCAGAUAGGGUGAGUCCUCUGUGCUGUGACAACGGGGCGCUGGGCCAUAAGCUGGCCGCUGCAGAGCUGGAGGUCAUCCACCUCAACGAGUUCCUCAAACAGAACACCCAGAAAUACACAGAGGACAUCAAGAAGCUGGAGGAGAAGAUGAAGACGCGCGACCGCUACAUCAGCAGCCUGAAGAAGAAGUGUCUGAGGGAGAGUGAGCAGAACAAGGAAAAGCAGCAGAGGAUAGAGACCCUGGAGAAGUACCUAGCUGACCUGCCCUCCCUCGAUGAGGUCCAGACCCAAGCCCAGCAGCUGGAGGAUGGUCAGGGGAAGGCACAGGGUCUGCAGGACACAGUGGCUUGUCUGGAGAAGAGUCUGGAGGAGGGCUGCGCCGUGCUGCAGGCGAAGGAGGACCUGAUUGAGACCCAGUGCAAGCGGGAGAAGGAGCUGGUGGCUGCUGUACAGAGCCUGCAGGAGAAGGUGGAGCAGUGUCUUGAGGACGGGGUCCGGCUCCCCAUGCUGGACCUGAAGGAGCUGGAGGUAGAGAACGCACGGUUACAGGAGCAGCAAGCCACCACCACCGAGCUGAUAGACAAUCAGAAGAACCAGAUUGAAAAACUUACCCUUGAGCUGACGGCUGUAGAGCAGAGGCUGCAGAAGGAGCGAUGUCUCUCCCAAGAGCUCCAGCAACAGCUGCAGGGCGAGGACCUGGCUUCACUCGCUGACACCCUCCAUCAGAACCAAAGGCAGGUGGAGGAUGGCGUGGUGAUUCAGCAGGGCUGCGGGGGCCAGGAGCCAGAGGCAGGGCCCCUGCUGAAGGAGAUGUCCUUUUGUCUGCUUGACCUCAAGGCCCUCUGUAGUAUCCUUACCCAGAGGGCCCAGGGCAAGGAACCCAACCUGGCACUUCUACUGGGCAUCAAAUCGAUGAGCAUGUCAGGGGAGGAGAAGGACAACUCUCUGGUGGAGGACAGCUUGCGGGCCAAGCUGCUGGAGGUAGGCCAGCUUAGGAAGGACAUUGAGGACCUGCGCACCGCCAUCUCUGACCGCUACGCACAGGACAUGGGCGAAAACUGUGUGACGCAAUGACACACCCGCCAUGAGGGGGCACUGAUGCCCAGCGACGGCGUGCCCGCUCAUCAAGGCUUCUGUGUCACAGCCAGUGAGGGUAGGAAAACAUCCUGAUUGGAGGAAAACCAGGAAGAACAGUGUUAAAAAUGGAAUAAGAAACUAGGUACUGUCAAUGCUGUAUUUUAUUUCUAUCCAGUUGUACGUGAUGGAGGUAUCUAGCUCCAGCUUUCUGAAUGUAGGAUCAAGCUGUGAAUCAAGUUUACAAGGAAGUCUUAAAAUAGGAUGUUUUGAUUUUUCAAAUGUCAAUUGCGCUUCCUGUGUAAUAGAAUGAAUUCCUGCAUGAUCAUGUACAUAUUGCUUCAUGCAGAGACUUAUACCUGAAGGCCCUGCCCUCACAGAGGGAGUAUGUGUUUGGCCCCUCCCACACAAUCUCACCGGCCAGUAGGAAACUGACUCACUGCUGCUCUGUCAUGUGCCUCUGUGUGUGACAGCUUCUCCACGAAUCAGCUGUCCUCUUCCUAAGUUGUCUCCAAUGGCAACCCAUAGUGCUCCUCUCACAUCGCCCCGUGUGUUAUCCAAAGACAAACUCCCCAAACUCUCAGCAGCUGCCCAUAGUAGAGACUGCCUAGUGGCACUUCUUCCCUUGGCUCCACAACAUGCCACACAAACUGGCCAACCAAGAGGCUGCUUCUGUUCCUUUUCAGCAUUUCCGGUUCCUUGUUAUGGGUGUUUCUUCUGUGUGCAAGUAGUUCGCUAUUUGGGAUAUGAAUGGUGUUAUUUGGAUAGAUAUUUUUAAUGAAAAAGCAUGGCAAUAACCCCUUUCAUAUUAUUUGCUGUUGUGUUGAACAUAAUAGCAUCAGGUAAUAUUCAGGUGUUUUUCUAACAAUUAAAUUCAGGAAUUGUUUUUACAAGUUCAGAUUGACUAGUAAGAUCAGGGCUUAAUACUGCCCCAUUAUUUAAAUGCAUUUACAUAGGCAGCACAAUUCCGAUCAUUUUUCCACUAAUUGGUGAGCCGAUUAGUCAAAAGAUUAAUUAUUGGAAAAAAAAUUGGGCUGCUUGUGUAAACACAGCCAUAGAUACCAUUUGAUUGAGACUAAAACUAAUGCAAAACCAGCAGCACUUCUACAGUAUAGGCCCAUAUUACCUACUGGGACUCAACUCAUUUAAUCCAUUGUCAAUAUAGGCAACAGUUACACAUUGAGUUGACUGAGGAAUAUUCCUCCAACCUCAACCACAGAGGGGUCUCUAAUGCAUCCAUGAGAAUAAUCUUUGGUUCACAUUCUUCUGUUUUUACUUUGAUUGCUGUUCCCACUAUUUGUCACAGGAACUCUUACUUCAUCUCAAACUAUUUGGAAUGUGAAUUUUAGCGAGCCGGUCAUGACAACCAACACAUUACUGUUUGCUAUAAGGCAGGGUUUCAAACUGUCCUCGGACCCCCCCCGGUUUGUUUUCACCUAACGCGACACAGCUGAUUCAAAUGAUCAAGCUUGAUUUGAAUCAGCUGGUGCAAAACAAACCCUGCUAUAAAGUGUUAUACAUUUUUACAGCUAUUGUAAUUUAUCCUGGUGACAAGUGGUUAAAAAAAAAGGUAAUCAGUUUAGAGCCAAGUCAAUUUUGCAUGUCUCAAUUUAGACUAAUGUAGGUUGUAGAGUAUUCUAUUAUACUGUUGUAUUACCAAUCUUAGAAAGGAAACACAUAGGCUAUGUAAAAUGUUUUGGCAGGUUACGAUAAAGAACAAUGGUCGACUCGGGCCUAGAUUCAAACCAUACCACUGAAGAGCGGCAUUUUAAGGUCAUUUCCGAUUGGGCCGACAUGCAACUUUUACCAUGAUUACAGUCUGAGAAACUUGCCUUUAGAAAUUGCACAGGUCUUCAGAAAUAUAGAUUGAAUCUAGUCCUAAGCCUUACAUGGAAACUAAUAUGCAAUGUCACAUGCACCAGCUAACACCUCCCAUUCAUUAGCAGAUCUGAAAUGUUAGUUCUUCUGUGCCUUUUAAUCUAUGCAGCAGAUAAGAGCUCCUGUUUCUCCCUAUUGACAGGGUCUGGAGAUAACUAUUCUGCAUCUUGUAAAUAAGAGGCUACCCCUCACAAUUAUGCUAAGCCAUAGCCACAAAAUAAAUAGCCACUCAGGUAAAUUAAGGCCAUAGCAGGCCCUUGUGAAACCUGAAUGUACUCUGAUGCACAGCAUCCAUUGUGAGGUGUAGGUCUGUGGGAGUGUAGUGCUCAUGUAGAGGGAAACCGGUGUGGUUGUCAUGGCUGUCUGCACUGGAAUAGGAGCCACUGGUUGGCUUUCCUGUACAUAGGAAUUUCUGUUUGUUACACUUCGUUUUGCAGCUAGAUUUUAUGAAUGCCAAAAAGUUUAUUUAUAUAUGUUCCUAAAAGUAUUUUUCCAUUUAAGGCUUGAUUGUCAUUUGUACAGACUGCAAAUAAAAUAUUUUUCUAUAACAGUU